GUCUCUCUGAAGUAUUCUUUGAGUGAAAAACUAUUAAACAUAAAUCUUCAUUAAAUCAUUAUGAAUAAAUUGACGUUGAUAAUUGUAAUCGGUACUUUGACGGUUACUUUACAAGCAGUCACUGGAGAAUUGUCAAAGAGAUCACCUCAAGCGCCUCCACCUCCACCAGAUGUGCCAAAGCCGCCAGGAUUUAACAGGUUAGUGAGAUCGCCUCAAAUGCCACCCAAACCUGAUGGGAUGCCUGAACCUCCACCAAUACCUGCAGUUAACAGAUUGGCGAGAUCUCCACAAAUGCCUCCGUCUGAUGUUCCAAAACCACCAACAUUUAACAGGAUGGCAAGAUCUCCACAAAUCUCUCCACCAGAUGCUCCAAAACCACCAACAUUGAACAGGUUUGAAAGAUCUCCUCAAAUUCCACCAGUGCCUGAACCUCCAAUGCCAGGAGUAAACAGAAUGGCGAGAUCUGCGUAUAUCCCUCAACAGGAACUUCCAUUCACAAUGCCACCAGCUCCGUUCAGAUUCGUACGCAGCAUUAAUUCUCCAAAUGCCCCAACUGAACAGGAAUCUUCGAUUAGAAACGUUCGUGACGCUUCUAAGAAUGAUAAACAUCAUGGAAAUUUAGUCGUGAGACAACAAGCAGUUUAUUCCAGCUUUACAUCUAUUGGGAAUGAAGCACAUGAUGCAUCUGAACAAGCAGAGGAAUAAAACUUAAAAUCUUUCAAACUGCAAUGGAUUUAUUUUUAAAGGAAAAUGACUUUCAAUUGCAAAUUUAAUAUUUUAUUAUAUUUACACAUAUUUGAACAUCUCUACAUUAUUUUAAUAUUAAAUAAAAAGAGCGAACCCAAAACUGAAA